AUGCCGACACCUCCGGCAGCGAUACCUGUUCCGCCACCCUCGGAACACGCACCUGGAGCCACCACAUCUGUAACGCCAUCAUCAUCGGUGAUGCCUAAGCUCACUCAGCCACCACAGAAUAUUUCCGCUGAAAGAGUCAAACUUCCUCCCUACAGGCCGGAAGACCCUGCAGUUUGGUUCGCACAUGCAGAUGCACUGUUCGGAAUUCAAGGAAUUACGACGCAGACCACGAAAUACUGCCACGUAGUGUCUGCGCUCCAGCCACCUGAAGCCGCAGCCGUUCGUGACCUCCUCAUCACCCCACCACAAGAGUCACCAUAUGACAAACUGAAGGCAGAGCUCAUUCGACGCAUGUCAGUAUCGGAACAGAGAAAGCUCCAGCAGCUCCUCACACACGUAGAAUUAGGAGACGGCACACCGUCGAAGUAUCUUCGACGAAUGCAACAAUUGCUCGGUGAUCGUCCGACCGUCGUCGACGACUCUAUGCUUCGUCAGCUGUUCCUGCAGUGGCUGCCCUCAAACGCCUGUAUGGUUCUUGCCGCUGCCGGGGACAUAUCACUGGACGACCUAGCGAACCUCGCUGACAGAGUACAACAGAUGACCCCAGACCCAAUCGCAGCAGCGGCGCUACCCUCAUAA